AUGGAAAAUAUGGACACCAACAGCACGCUUGGAGGGGUAUAUCUGGCAGGAAAUGACCUUCUCAAGUCUAUGGCCGUUGGCCGUCAGAAUAACCAUGUCUGGACACUGGAAACGACUGGAAUGCUCGCACAGGAGCACAUAACUUCAGCAGAUAGGGUGAUCACCUGUAAUGAUACGUGGAGAGAUCCCACUCCAGCAGUUAUUUCCGAGCUUCAGAAACUUAUGUUUCGUACCGCUCUCUCGGUGCCCUACAACUCUAGCCAUCUACUGUAUAGAUCUUAUGCAUGGGAUCAGAUGAUUGAGCAAAUCCAGACAGCAAAUGGUAUCAAGGUUCAGGAUAUGUCGGUCUUUCAGGUGGAUUAUGGAUACAUGGCUGCAGGGGCUGCUGUCAUGGGUGUCUGCCUAGUCGUUGUGGCAUCUACCUUUUAUGAGUGGUGGAAGAUUGGUCGGCCGAUAACUAUGAGCCCAACUGAGAUUGCAAAGGCAUUCAAUGCUCCCGUGUUAAAAGGUGAUGGGUUGAAUGGUGACCUGGAUGGGCUUCUACCUAUCGUGGGGGAUCGCCGCGUACGGUACGGCGAGGUCAGAUAUAGUGAUGCAAGAUGA